AUCUCGACGCGCUGGGCAUACAGCACGUUCACUUUACCCAUGCACUACCGAGCAGCAGCAGACGACGGCGACAAUGGACCGCGCGUCGGUAGCUUUGCCGAGACGUACAGCCUCGGCGAGCAGCUCGGCGACGGCUCGUAUGCGACCGUGCACAAGGCCACGGCGUGGGCGACCGGUGAGAUCGUAGCCGUCAAGCGCAUCAAGAAGGCGUGCAAGCUCCGCGACGUGCACGCCGAGAUGGCAUUCGUGCGCAGCCUCGCGCACCCCAGCAUUGUGUCAGUGCACGACUUUUUCGUCGAGUCGGACGGGUACUACGUCGUCAUGGAGCUUGUCCGCGGCGGCGACCUCUACGACCGGCUGCACAAGAAGGGCGUGUUCCCAGAGGAGAAGGUGCGCGCGCUCGUCUACAACCUCUUGACGGCCGUGCGCCACUGCCAUGCGCGCAAGGUCAUCCACCGCGACCUCAAGCCCGAGAACGUCCUCCUCGUCGACGACGCGAGCGACGUGCACAUCAAAUUGGCCGACUUUGGCUUUGCCGCCAAAGUCUCGUCCAAGCCGCUCGUCGAUAUGUGCGGCACGGCCGGGUACGCGGCCCCCGAGAUUGCCAAGGGCUUGCCGUACUCGACGCCCGUCGACAUUUGGAGCAUCGGCGUCAUCAUGUUUGUACUCAUCACGGGCAACCUCCCCUUUGGCACGGACCGUGAGACGUUCCGAGGCAUGUGCCCGCUCUCGCGGCCGCCGAUGUGGUACCACCCGUACUUUUGGAGCGUCAUCUCGACCGACGCGCAGCGCUGCCUCGAGCGCAUGCUUGUGGUCGAGCCGACGUGCCGUCCGACGGCCGACGAGCUUCUCGACGACCCGUGGUUCUUGCCAUUAAAGACGCCGGUCGAGGCGCCGCCGAUGCGGUAUCCGCGCUUUCGCCGCAGCUCGACGGCGUUUCACAAGUACGUCAAACCGCUCUGGAAGCGCGUCUCGGGGUACCUUCCGCGGCGCCAAGCCCAAGAGUUUACGCUCUGAAAAGAAUCGUUGUCAGCCUUUGAUGGAAGAAGGCACCUCGUGUGUUCUAUGUACUAUAAUUUGCUAAUCUAUUAAUGUGAUCGCUCUGUA